AUGUGCAUAAUCAUAAAUGAGCUGUGCCUGCUGUACCAUUCUUGUCCACUUCUCCUGUCUCGCCAAAACCUAUUUUUUAUUCCCUACUUGUCAAGGUCAACGAGAAUGUCACUGUCGUGCGCAUGUCGACAAUUAAAAGAAUCAAAAGCAGCAUCGCGGCAGACAGAUGAGCACAAAACUAGUUGUAGUAAUCGCGAUUGCCACGAGCACGACGGACCACAGAUAUUAAAUUGUCAAAAGAUGUACUCACUACUUGGUGCCGAUUGUACGUGUCCUGUUAGUGUUCCCCUCCUAGAUCCAUCACGGUUUUUGUGCGCAUAUCCUGGCGGUUCUGCGAACCCGCGCUAGUUUUUCUACAAGGCAGGCCACGCCCCUGCUCUUCUUUUUGCUAUUAGGUUCGGGCCACGCCUCCGAUUCAAGUCACGCAAGUAAAUGCUAGUGCACUUGUAGACAAGUAGGCAACAAAAAAAAACCAUCUACGCCCUUAUUGACAGAUAGUAGGUGCGCCGCGAGCGCGACGCGUGUGCGUCGAUAGGGUCGCGCGCGAGCAUAAUGAUACUAAUAAUAAUAUCAAUAAUUUUGGUGGAGCCGACCUACUUAGAAAAAAGAAAGACCAGAGGAAGAUAGAAAAGCGAAGCGGAC